GGAAGCGGCGGCCGGACUUGCCUGGGAAGGGGAGAGCGAGAGCCCGCCGGGCUGGGCUGCGGGCCCGCGGAGCCGGGCACCUCUGCGACCUGCAGCGACACAGGAGCCCGGCCGCCCAGCCCGCGCAGCCCGAGCCCUCACCCGCCAGCCGGCCCCUCUGGGAUGUCCGGGGAACCCAGGCAUCCAGGACGGCGGUAGAGCGAGCCCGAGGAUGGGACGGCGCCCGCAGCUCCGGCUCGUCAAGGCCCUUCUCCUCCUGGGGCUGAACUCCAUCUCCGCCUCCCUCCAGGACCAGCACUGCGAGAGCUUGUCCCUGGCCAGCAACGUCUCCGGACUGCAGUGCAACGCAUCCGUGGACCUCAUUGGCACCUGCUGGCCCCAGAGCCCUGCAGGGCAGCUAGUUGUUCGACCCUGCCCUGCCUAUUUCUAUGGUGUCCGCUACAACACCACAAACAAUGGCUACCGGGAGUGUCUGGCCAAUGGCACCUGGGCCGCCCGCGUGAACUACUCCGAGUGCCAUGAGAUCCUCAGCGAGGAGAAGAAGAGCAAGGUGCACUACCAUGUGGCUGUCAUCAUCAACUACCUGGGCCACUGUGUCUCCCUGGUGGCCCUCCUGGUGGCCUUUGUCCUCUUUCUGCGGCUCAGGAGCAUCCGGUGCCUGAGGAACAUCAUCCACUGGAACCUCAUCUCAGCCUUCAUCCUGCGCAACGCCACAUGGUUCGUGGUCCAGCUCACCAUGAGCCCUGAAGUCCACCAGAGCAACGUGGGCUGGUGCAGGUUGGUGACAGCUGCCUACAACUAUUUCCAUGUGACCAACUUCUUCUGGAUGUUCGGCGAGGGCUGCUACCUGCACACGGCCAUCGUGCUCACGUAUUCCACAGACCGGCUGCGCAAGUGGAUGUUUAUCUGCAUUGGCUGGGGUGUGCCUUUCCCCAUCAUCGUGGCCUGGGCCAUUGGGAAGCUAUACUAUGACAAUGAGAAGUGCUGGUUUGGCAAAAGGCCUGGGGUAUACACUGACUACAUCUACCAGGGCCCCAUGAUAUUGGUCCUGCUGAUCAACUUUAUCUUCCUUUUCAACAUCGUCCGCAUCCUCAUGACCAAACUCCGGGCAUCCACCACGUCUGAGACCAUUCAGUACAGGAAGGCUGUCAAGGCCACUCUGGUGCUGCUCCCCCUCCUGGGCAUCACGUACAUGCUGUUCUUCGUGAACCCCGGGGAAGACGAGGUCUCCCGGGUCGUCUUCAUCUAUUUCAACUCCUUCCUGGAAUCCUUCCAGGGUUUCUUCGUGUCCGUGUUCUACUGUUUCCUCAACAGCGAGGUCCGCUCCGCCAUCCGGAAGAGGUGGCACCGAUGGCAGGACAAGCAUUCAAUCCGCGCCCGCGUGGCCCGCGCCAUGUCCAUCCCCACCUCCCCGACCCGAGUCAGCUUUCACAGCAUCAAGCAAUCCACUGCGGUCUGAGUUGGGGGCCUAUGGAGCAGCCCCCCGAGAUCUAUGUUUGGGAAGAUGGUCACCAGACUCAGCCAGCUGCCUUGUCUGUGGGGGGGACCAGGUUCUUCCCACACCCUGUACCCCCAGGAACAGCUGGCCCUGAGAGCCCAGGACCCUCCCUGACCCUCAGCUGAGCAGGAAUACCAGGCCUGUGAGAGCAGUCGGGGGGUGGGGCACGGGAUGAAUGGACUGUAGCCUAUGGGACAGGGCUGGGCCCAGGGCCUCUGGCUCCCCUUUGCCCCGAUCUUCCUGGAGAAUGGAGCAGAAAUGGAGGGGAGGUGGAGAGCGGGAAUCCAAAGCAGGUCCCUCCAAGAGGCAUCUUCUCCUGGAGCACAAGAUGGCAGCUGGAGUCCUCAGCGACUGUGAGGGGCCAUUCACUGCCUCAGGGGCAUCAUGGGAAAUUCCUGUGACAGCAUCUGAGCCAUCGUGAUGAUGCCUCUGGGCCUUAGCAAUGCCUUCCAGCAGCCCUGGGAACCAAGGCCAUGUUGUCAGAAGCCCUGAAGACAUUCUUAGAAAUCAAGUGUCUGGGAGUUCCCGUCGUGGCACAGUGGUUAACGAA